GUCAUUUUUUGCCUUCUGGAUUUGUAGUUUCUCACUCAUUUUUCAGUGAUUUCAAUUAUUUUACUACCUAAAAAUGGCUUAUUUAACUCAACCAGACUAUGUAAAAUACGUCUGUUCUUGUGGACAACUCAAGCCGAUAACAAGCUUAUAUUUCUGCCGACAUUGUUUGAAGAUACGUUGCGGAUUCUGUAUUUGUCAUGAGGUGGAUUCCCACCACUGUGCCAACUGCCUCGAAAACAUGCCCUCAUCGGAAGCCCGGCUGAAGAAAAACCGGUGUAGCAGCUGCUUUGACUGCCCCAGUUGCUUCCACACACUGUCUACAAGAGCUACAAUGGCUCAGCAAAGACAAGCGCAGGAUCCUGCAGGAGGGGACGCUAAAGUAGAAAAUAAACAACCGAAAAAGAUGUACUACCUGUCCUGCUUUAAUUGUAGGUGGACUUCCAGAGAUGUUGGCAUUCCGGACCAGUCUGUUGCAUCAGGAGGUUGGCCAGAAAGAACAAACCCUUUCCUCUCACGGUACAACCAGUUGUUGGACUAUUACAAGGCCAUUGCUCAGCAGGAGAAACAGGAGAAGUUAGAAAGAGAAAGGAAGAAGUUUGCUAUCAGAGGGAAAUACAUCACUUUAACUGAUAAAACCGGUCUAACAGGGGCGAUGGCGCGUAACAUCGCCGGUCUGCCGUCGAGCGAGUCGGGCUCUUCGGCCGCCAUCGCCAACUUCACGCCCAGCCAGGCCUCCGAGGAGGUAGAGGAGCUGCCUGACGACGUCUACACUAAGGAGGUCAACUUGAAGCAGAUAACGAGCAUGCCGCAGCGGCUGGCAGCGCCGGAGUGGCAGCCGGCACUAGUAGCCCGCCUGCACCCGCUGGCCAAGCUGCUGAGCAUCAAGCGCAGCCAGCGCUGCCGCGCCUGCGACCACAACCUCACCAAGCCCGAGUACAACCCCGGCUCCAUCAAGUUCAAGAUCGAGCUGCUGGCCUACUACCACGUGCCCGAAGUGAAGAUAAUCUCCUACGAGACCAUCAAACCGGGCGAGAAGUCGGCCCUGCUGCUGAAGCUGACCAACCCGACUGCUCACGAGAUGCAGCUGAGGUUAUUGCAGCCGGCAGACGUGCCGCCGGUUGAGGAGAAGGAAGAACCGAGAAGCAUCGAGAAGUCGCUGGAAAAGUCGCUCAAUUUGGAAAAGGAUACAUCGUACCGCAGCAUCUAUCGGACAGCAGACGUCAGCAGCAGCUGCGUCGUAGUGACGCCGGCGACGGCGCUGACGCUCGCACAACGCGACGACGCCGCCGAGUACGACGACGACUCGCAGCACGACACCAGCGACAUAAUCCUCUGGCGCAAGUCCAACAAGCUGGCGCUUCGUCUCGAGGUCCAGACGGACUCCGCUGCCCAAUCAGGAGCCCCGGCCAGCGCGGCCCUAGCCUUGGAGUAUUCCUACCGCAACACCGUGCCACCAGCCGCGCCCGCGCCUAACCAUCACACGUUAUACGCUACUCUUGUGCUUGAUCUAGGCACUGUAGGGUAGACUUAUUUUUAGUACUCAAUUUUAGAUGCAAGUUAAGGCCAGCUUCCAUCGAAGUUUUGUUUCAAAAAUUCUUUAGUGCUUGGCCAAGCUGCACAUUCAGCCGCAGCGCGUAUAAAAUCUUAUUUGAGUGUCCAUAGUGGCACCCGAGGGCGUUUCUUAUAGUGGCCAAUCACUUAUGCUACUACUGUCCCAUCUCAAAAAUUCAGUGUAUUAUAAAACAAACAGAUAAUUUAGGCUUGUUCAAUAUUAAAAAAAAUACAUACGGCCGAACAUAGAACCCUCCUUUUUUGAAAUUGGUUAAAAACGGUGUGGACCUUAGAAUUCCUUAAAAUCACAAUCAACCAUUUGGAAAGCUCUUCCCAGCAGGCAAAAAAAUAAUGCAAUAAAGUCAUCCCAAACCUACGCAAGCAACAAUGUUGUUGCAUUUUCAGCAAAUACGAAAGCUUUCGUAAAUGCAAAUAAUCAUGUUACUUUUAUUAUUUAGUUAGUUUAUACAGAAAUAAAUAGUCAGCUAGUCUCGAACAUAUUUAUCAUAUUAUAUCACUGUUAAAAUAUAUUCUUAUUCUACUCAAUUUUCAAAUAUAGCAGCUAUAUAUAGGGUGAACACUUAGAUUAAUCUAAGGGUGAACAAUACAAAAUAUGUGCCUAAUUGGACUUGUUGCAUGAAAAAACUUAAAAUUCGAGGUUAGUUUAAUUUAUUUUUUUUAUACAUUAUAGUUUAUUUAAUUAUUAGUGUUAAGUAUUAAUUUAGGUUAAGUUUGUAAUGAAGUCGCCAGUUUCACUGCAGCGCAGUGAACACGUUAACAGAUUAUAACUUUUGCACAUUUAUAUUGCAAUGCAACAAGUAUUUAUCAGCUGUUGAAUAUUAGCUAAAUAUAUUUUCAGCUUACUUCACGUGUUUGAUUGACCUUUACAGUAAGUCAGGAACUGGCAGUACCUAAUUUGUAUUUCGCAUAAAACUUGGCUGGGAUCUUAGACAUUAUACAGAAGGAUUAAACAAAAUAAAUAAUAUGUUAUUGAUGCUGCUGGUUGUCAAAAAAAGAAAUAAAACAAAGAAAUGUACAAUAAAAAUGUAUUUAAAAUAUCAGAUACUCAACCCUAUUGCUUGCAGUCAAUCCUAAAAAACAAAAAUUUUAAAUAAAGGUAAAACACAACCCCGUUUAGUUUUCAUCACACCUUACAUAAACAAAAUUAAAAUAAACAAAACCCAUGUAACAGUAAUAAAAGUUAUUUAAAAUUACUCAU